AUGGCACCACCGAGUUUCUUCAUCAGAAUAUUCCGCAUAGCCCUUAUAACAGUUGUCCAUGCAAUUCCAGCACCAUACUGGUCGCCCGAACCCAGCGAACAGCCCCCCACCACUGCAAAGCUCGAAGUCUGCCCUUACCCCCACCCGUCGUCGGGCGUCGUUGAAAAGCCUAUUACGCCAAACCCCCAUGUUCUUGAUCUCAACACCGCAGAUGACCUUAUCAACAACCUUUGCGCCGAGAUAAUCCUUAUCUUUGCUCGCGGGACCGGCAAUCCGGGAAACAUUGGUGUCUCCCUCGGAUAUCCGCUGUUUGAAGCCAUGAGAGAUGGUCUCAACCAGACUGUCAUUGCUCAAGGUGUCCUCCCGUAUCCUGCAAAGGCAAUUGGCUACCUAAAGGGUGGAUCAACGGAGGGCGUGGACAGCAUGGUGACGCUGACAUACAAGGCACGAUGCCAAUGCCCAAAUUCAGGGCUUGUGCUGGCUGGAUUUAGCCAAGGAGCACAGGUGCUACGCAGAACAAUAAGCUAUCUCCCCGCACCGCUGGCAGACAGGGUUGUGGCGGUGCUGAGCUUCUCGGACAGUAAGUUUCCGCGGCCAUUGCCGAAGCCGUGGGAUACGAAGCAUAUAUCGUUGUGCCAGAAGAUGGAUUGGAUCUGUGAUGAGGAGUAUACGGCGCUGAAUGGAAGGCAUUAUUCAGCGCUUUAUAUUCCGUUCCUGGGUGUGGUUGUGGAGCAGUUGAGGGAGAGGAUACGACUGAUGCAGGAGGGGAGGAGAAAGAAGAGUGACGAGAGAGAGGGAGAGGACUUUUGUAAUUUUAGAGUGUCCCAUGCUUCGUGA